AUGGAGACUGAUCAGAGGAAGGAAUGCAAGUUUGUUCACAACUUCCACUCGGACCACAAUCUCUGCGUUCUAAAACAAUACGGACUCGAGAUUUUAAACAGUGAUGAACUUCGCCAGCUUCUGCUUCAAAAUGACCCUUCCCUCUUACCAGAGGUCUGCUUGCAUUAUAACAAAGGUGAUGGACCUUAUGGAUCUUGUACCUAUAAAAAGAUCUGCACCAAACUGCAUGUUUGCCAGUACUUUUUGCAGGGACAGUGCAGAUUUGGCAGCAGCUGCAAGCGAUCCCAUGACUUAUUAAAGUCAGAAUGUUAUGAGAAACUGGAGAGACAGGGAAUGAGCUCAAACAUUAUUGAGAAACUACCCUCCAUUUAUAGGAAUAUGCAUGACAUAAAAAAUGGCAACAGGAGCAUGUAUGACACAGAAGAUGCCAAGUCUUCACCAUGCAAAGAGAGAAAACACAGCUCUAGCCAACAGUCCUCAACUACAAAUGAUGAUGAUGAAUUGGAACAGAUCUGUUUAUAUCAUCUGUACAGAAGUUGUGGCUUUAAAGACAAGUGUAUCAGAACUCAUUUUCACUUGCCAUAUAGAUGGCAGAUCUCUGAUGGUAAUACCUGGAAGGACUUGAAGAAUAUGGAAGAAAUAGAAAAAGUGUAUUGUGACCCCAAUAACACCAGAUUUAAUAAUGGUGUUACUGAAAGUGGCUCUGUCUUGUCAUGUAUCUGUUUUCUGAAUAUGCGCUGCGGGUUUGCAAAGGUUAGACGUCUUUCUACAGCCUCCUCUGUGACCAAACCCCCUCACUUCAUUCUUACAACAGAAUGGAUCUGGUACUGGAAAGAUGAAUACGGCCAGUGGCAGGAGUAUGGAAAAAAAGAUGGUGAUCAUGCAGCUGCCACUGUCUCCAGCGAUGACCUGGAGAAAGCUUACAUAGCCAAAGGUUCUCCAAAGCUGAACUUCAAAGCUGGAAGACAUGAAUAUGAACUCAAUUUUGGAGCCAUGAUUCAGAAAAAUCUUCGCUACACAACAGAGAGAGAGAUUUGCAGAAGACCUAAAUUUGUCUCUCAGACAGAGGUAGAAAAGACAAGAGCAAGGGGCUUUAAACAUACAGAACAGUUUAAGGGCAUUCCAGCUCACUGGGACAAAUCUGCCCUGCCUGAUCUGGGAUUCAAGCUGAUCGAGCUUGACAGUUCUUCCGAAGAAUACAAGAAAGUCAAGGUGGACUUUCAACGCACAAUGCCCAAAACAAUUAUUAAAAGGAUUCAUAGAGUUCAGAACCCAUCUCUCUGGGAACUGUAUCAAUGGCAGAAGGAACAAAUGCAGAAGACCAAUCGUGGAAAGGCUGUGGAUGAGCGAUUUUUAUUUCAUGGGACCAGUAAAAAAUACAUUGAUGCCAUCUGUCAGCAAAACUUUGACUGGAGGAUCUGUGGCCUUCACGGGACAGUCUACGGCAAAGGAAGCUAUUUUGCAAGGGAUGCAUCUUAUUCUGACAACUACUGCAGGGAAGACUCAUACACCAAGACCAUGUUUCUGGCACGGGUGCUGGUGGGGGAGUUCACUCUUGGUAGUUCUUCUUAUGUUCGACCUCCCUUGAAGGACAACCAAAACUUCUACGACAGUUGUGUGAAUAGCUCUUCAAACCCUUCUAUCUUUGUCAUCUUUGAGAAGCAGCAGAUUUAUCCAGAGUAUCUCAUAGAAUACAUUCACUAGGCAUUGGCAAAAAUGCUAUAGCAGCAAAACCUGUCAUCAUUAUGUUUAGCUGGUAUAAACAUUUUUUUUUUAGUAUUG